AUGGGGGAAUUCGUUGAGCAGAGCUUAGAAGGACUCUUGCCCACGUUCGAGCAACUCAGUCAUGUCCAACUCUUCACUGAAACAGAGGUCAUUGCCUUUAUUAAGCGUUGCCGACAAUUCGAAUAUCGUCUCAAUAAGCAUGAGAAGACUCCUCGAGAUUUCGACCUAUACGCUGAAUACUUAUGUGAUUUUCUAACUUUGCUGAAGUCGCGAAGAGCGAAAAUGCAGUACUGGCACAAGAAGAAGCUCAUUGAUCUACCAAUGCGUAAAAAAGUUGCCAGCAUAUAUCGGAGGGCUGCCGAUCGUUUCCAGGGAGAUCUUCAUCGAUGGGAAAAGCUCAUCAAUUUUUUAAAUGAGCACUCAAUGCGUCGUGAGCUAUCCGCUGCUUAUACGAGAGCUUUACAGAUUCACGGACGGAACGAGAAUCUACGUCGAGACUUCGCACUGUGGCAAUUUUUCUCCGCCGCUAGUCCUCAGAAUGCUCGCACCCAGAUUCUUGCAUCUCUUCGUCUUUUUCCUCACUCACCAUCACUAUAUGCGGCAUUCUUUGCUAUCGAAAUCCACUUUGUUGAGAAAGUCUUAAAACGUCGAAAGUUCAUAACUGAAUAUAAGGGCAAGGAGAAACAUGGUUCAGACGACAGCGAUUCUGAGCGCGUGUAUGAUCAAGAAGUUGAUGACAGCAUUAUGAAGCUGGAUGUAGCAAAAACAGUGGUAGAGCAAGCAUUGUCUGCAGUACCAUCGGAGGCCGCUUCAGGAAUGCUUGUGGAGAUGUGGAAAGAGUGCAGUAAAGUUGAACUUAUUCCAAAUAUUGAAUAUAUUCGUUCAUUUAUUGUGGAGAAGUUAAACAUUUUUGAUAAUGAGGACACAAGAUUAUUUGAAAUAGAAGCGGCAUGCAAAGAAGGAAUGUCGAGAUUUGAUGCAUUUGAUCUGGCACUGACUAAAACACCGACGGAGAAGAUGCAUCGUUUAUACCUACAAUGGCUCCGUGAAUCAUCAUCAGAAGAUGCAUUUUCGACUUCGAAGAUUCGUUCGCUACUUCGAAGCAUUUGCGAUCAUGGAUGGAUGAACGAAAAGGAUUGGAAAGACCUUGAGAAAUCUAUGCAAGAGGCUGAGGAGGACUUUGACAUAAUAUUUCUUGAACAAUGUCUUGAGAAGAGACCGCAGUCAGCCAUAAUUUGGGAUGCGUACUUGAAAAAACAAAUGGAAAUCAUCACAGUUUCUGAUGAAUUUCGGGAGUUGUGUAAUCGGGCACUGGAAAAGGUUGAUCCAGAGGAGAGUUUUCCGAUUCUGCAACACGCGAUUGAUUACAGUAUAAUGCAUGCUCCCAACGAAGUGGAACAGAUUUUCCAUGACGCAAUAGUUCGAGCGAACGCUACUGUUGCCUCUAGGAUUAAAAUAUUAUUUGUGGAUUAUUUGAAUGAACUAUUUAACUGUGGUAAAAUCACAUCGGAGCAGCAGAAGGAAAGGCUGAUGGACCUCGUAAACAGUAAGCCAAACAGUGGUGAAUUCUACUGUCAUGUUCAUCGGAAAGAGUUGGAACGAUCUACUCCGGACACGAAAUUUGCUGGUUUUGUCCUCAACUCAGCCAUUGUUGAAGGUUGUGCAACCGUUGAAGCAGUAAUACUAUACGCGAAAUGGACAUUGAAAUACAACAUUGAGAAGUUCCAUGUUGUUCAACAAACGGGUCUCAAGCUGUUUAAAGGCGCUGAUUUGGAUCAAUUUAUGGUUGAAUGGACUAAGUUGGUGCAGAAUGCAGCUGCCGACGCAAUAGAGAAGGAGAAGAUUUCGAAAUGGAAGGGAAAUUCGAUGAAAGAGGAGCUAUCCAGACAGCAGAAAAAGAAAUUACUAGGUAAAGGUGGGAACGAAAACAAUAGCAAAGUGGUGAAGAAAAGGAGGAAAAGGAAAAAUCCAGGACAGGCACCCAAACUGCCAGAUGAAGCACCGAAGCUGCGUUUAGAUCUUGUUCCACGAUUCGAAUACGUUGUUUGUACAGUGAAACGAGGCGCUUCGACGGACGAAUGCAGGAUUUAUGGCUCGGCACUGGUUGACGACAAGCAAUUCUUUGAAUUGUGGGAAUCUGAUCAGUCGUAUAGCAAUAGGAUUGAAGCAGGUCUAAAGGUCGCUGGUCAACACAGAUCACCGAAGUAA